AUGGGGACUCAAUUGGAUCUUAGUACCGCUUUUUACCAAAAGACUGAUGGUCAGUCUGAGCAGACCAUUCAGUUCUUACCUUUGGAGGAUUUUGCGUACAACAACAUCUAUCACUCGAGUAGUGAUAUGGAUCUUUUCGAGGCCAUAUAUGGGAGGAGAUGCCGAUCUCCGAUUGGCCGAUUUGUUGCUUUUGAGGUAAUACCUUGGGAUACCGAUCGGCUGAGAGAGUCAGUGGUUAAGGUGAAGUUUAUUCAAGAAAAGCUCUUGGUGGCCCAAAGUAGGAAAAAGGCAUAUGCCGAUCGAAAGGUUCGUGAUUUAGAGUUUAUGGUUGGUGACCACGUUCUAUUGAAGGUUUCACCAAUGAAAGGUGUGCUGAGAUUCGGGAAGAAGGUCAAGUUAAGCCCGAGGUUCAUUGGCCUAUAUGAGAUCCUUCGUCGUGUUGGAAAGGUAGCUUAUGAGUUGGCGUCACCUCCGAGUUUGUCGGGUGUUCACCCGGUGUUUCAUGUGUCGAUGCAGAAGAAAUACCAUUUAGACGGGUCUUAUAUCAUCUAG